AUGUGUGAACGAUAUAUAACUGCUGGUGGUCGUGAUAGUUCAUUGAGAUUAUGGAAAAUUGUUGAAGAAUCAAUCACAGGUUCAAUUGAUUGUGUAGCAUUAAUUAAUGAUGAACAUAUGGUAUCUGGAGCAGAUGAUAGCAACAAUAUUAAUAUAUUGGAUCUGGCAGAUGAAUUAUUAUAUGUUAUUUUCAAUAAAUUAAAUAUGAUGGAUAUGUUUUAUUCAUUAGUAGAUGUGAAUCAACGAUUUAAUCGAUUAGCAUUCGAUUCUCUUUGUAUUCAUCAUCUUAAUUUUGCUAUCAAACAUUUCGAUAUUCAUCAGUAUGCGACAUACAAUGAUAUUCUCGAUAGAAUUUGUUCAAAAAUUUUACCUCGAAUUAAUGAUAAAGUAAAUAAAUUGACUGUUGAUCCACUUUCUAUGGAACAAAUUCUUUGUGCUGUUCAUUAUCCUCAACUACAUUCAUUAUCA